UCGAGGGGCAAUCUCUCUCUCCAACACGUUUCGAAUGGCACACCUUUGUAUUUCCUCUCUCUCUCCUCCUAUUUCCUACUCACCUUCUUGUCCGCCAUUUCACCGGCGAAUCUUCGUCGUUGCUUCCAGGAUCCACGCAGCCUCCGCAACUUCCACCUCCAUUUCACACUCGCAGCCGAAGGUCGUCGUCACCAGAGAGCGCGGCAAGAACGGCAAGCUCAUCGCCUCCCUGGUCAAGCAGGGAAUCAGCUGUUUGGAGCUUCCGCUCAUUGAGCAUACACGGGGGCCAGAUCUGGAUAGGCUUUCUACAGUAUUAAGUGAUACUACAUUUGAUUGGAUUGUCAUAACAUCCCCUGAAGCGGGUUCAGUCUUCUUAGAGGCCUGGAAGGCUGCUGGAACUCCAAAUGUUACGGUAGGGGUCGUGGGGGCUGGGACAGCAAGCAUAUUUGAGGAAGUAGUACAGUCAUCGAAGCGAUCCCUCAACAUUGCUUUUGUGCCAUCCAAAGCAACCGGCAAGGUCUUGGCUUCAGAGCUUCCUAAGAAUGGGAAUGAAAAAUGCACCGUUUUAUAUCCUGCUUCUGCAAAGGCCAGCAAUGAGAUUGAGGAAGGUCUGUCCAAUCGUGGGUUUGAGGUCACAAGGCUAAAUACAUACUCAACGGGACCUGUUCAUCAUGUCGACCAAACAGUUUUAAAGCAGGCACUCUCCGCCCCUGUCAUAGCAGUUGCUUCUCCAUCAGCUAUUCGUGCCUGGGUCGGUCUUAUUCCAGAGUCAGAGCAAUGGAGCAAUUCAGUUGCCUGUAUUGGUGAGACAACUGCUAAGGCUGCUAAGAAAUUAGGCCUCACAAAUGUUUACUACCCAGCAAACCCAGGUCUUGAAGGGUGGGUGGGUAGCAUACUUGAAGCGUUGCAAGCAAAUGUAUGUUCAUAAAUUUGUAGGCGGUCUGUUUUUUAAGGCCCAGGCAGGCUGACCAGGAGAUAGCCGGAGCAGAAAUUGAGGCAGCAAGAACUCACAAUGGAAAGUUGAAUUCCCUAGUUUCCGCAUAAACUAGCUGCAAAACGAGGAUGUAAUAUUUGCAAAGAGCAGGAAUGGAAGAUGUCAAGAUAUUCAACACCCCGAGGGGAUCAUAUUUAUUAGGCAAAGCUUCUUUCUGGCCCGUGAAUAGGCGAUUGGAUCAUAUGUGGAAAGAAAGCUUACUUUUGUAUAUGUAAACUUCGUUUACUCAAUUACGCUAUGCAACAUCAGUUUUGCUGCUUGUUUGACUGCAGUUCAUGUGUAGUAGCGAGGACACGAUUAUAAUUCUUUGUACAUUUUAUUCUUAUAAUCAAAGCUCAUUUUCGAGAGUUCUUUUGA